AUGUCAGAGAACGGAAUGAAUUUCGCGCAGCGCCCGCCGUAUGACACCAUCGACUUCAAGGUCCUUGCCAAGGGUAAAGCAGCUGCCGCGAAUGCUGGCGACAAGGAAUUCAAACAACUAUGGCAGCGAACGUCAGGCAAACUAGAUUUCCAGGACCCCGAUACCACACAGGCUCUAUCAAAAGCGAUUCUGAGGCUAGACUUCGGCCUUCAACUAGAUGUGCCAGGCGACCGCUUAUGUCCGCCAAUCCCCAAUCGCUGGAAUUACGUCGCCUGGCUGCAAGGUCUAAUCGACUCCACAUCGCCAGACUACUCUAGCAAAUAUGAUCCAAACCGUCAAGUUCAAGGUUUGGAUAUCGGUACCGGAGCAUCCGCCAUAUACACCUUGUUGUGCCUGAGAUCGCGUCCGAAUUGGUCCAUGUGCGCUACAGACAUUGACAAGAAGAGUUUUGAUUCAGCAGCUCGCAACCUCGCUCUCAACAAAUUCAUGACUCGUACUAAGCUACUGCAAACCACGGAGCUGAACCCUCUUAUCCCGCUCGCAGCCUUGGGCGUUGAACAUCUCGACUUCACCAUCUGCAACCCACCCUUCUUCACCGAUGUCUCUGAUAUGCAGUCCAGUUUGAAGGGUGAGGGGAAAAGCUGGAAACCCAACGCUGUAUGUACGGGCUCAGAGAACGAGAUGGUGUGUCUUGGCGGUGACCUAGGCUUCGUCACGAAGAUGGUCAAUGAGAGUCUUGUCUUGAAGGACAAGGUGCAAUGGUAUACCAGCAUGUUCGGGAAGAUGGAUAGCGCCAAGGCCAUCAUCAAUCUUUUGAAGAAGCACGGUAUUACCAAUUGGGCAGUCGGUGACAUAGAUGUGGGGUCCAGCACCAAGCGAUGGAUCGUCGCGUGGAGUUUUGGGGACCUUAGACCAAGAAAUAGCCAUGCACGCAUUGAGAAGAUGGCCAACGAAUACCUACCCUUCCCGACUUCUUAUCCCAUCGCAUUACCGCCUUCAGUCGAGCCGCAGACGGCUAAAGACGCUAUCAACACUCAGCUCUCGUCGCUCGACUUGACCUGGACAUGGGAUACCGCUACCUCGACAGGCAUCGGCGAAGCUAGCCAGAACGUGUGGAGUCGCUCAUACCGCCGCGCAUACGAACGCAAGCAGAGAGAUGGCCUAGUCGACAUGAAGCAAGAUUCUGAACGAAAAAUCGAGCUCGCCUUUCGUAUUCGGGUUGUGGACUUGGCGCGCGAGGUCGUCGUUGAGUGGCUAAGAGGCACGGAUCAGGUGCUGUGGGAGAGUUUGUGUGGGUUGAUCCAUCGCCACUUCAAGAAGUCUUAA